AACGGUGAAUGAACUUUUCUCUUAUUGUUUUUGUUUUUUGUCCGCUUUCCGCUGUCAUACGUAAUACUCAAUGUGCGCCCAAACAAGCACACAAACGUAUACAAUGCACAGCGCGCUCUUGCCAACACACUCACUACUUUCUUCUCUGCCUUUUAUAAUUUUGCGCUCACACUACUGCUCUUACGCAACGUAAGAAACAUCAAAGAGCACACACAAAACCGUCCAAUUGGUGCCGAGCAACAAAUCUGCUGACGACGUCACAAGCGCACGGUCUGUUGCGAUCACAAUUGCUGUCAUUACUGUUGCUCACGUUGCACGGACACACCGCUUAAUGUGCGCGCUCUUAACAAACGCCAAACAGAGAGCGCGUGUGUUUACUUUGCCGCCGCAAAUCGCUGCACGAGUGUAUCGGUCGUUGUUGUCGCUUUCUGCUUGUGCACGCCGUCGUCAAAACGGUUGCCGUUGUCUCCGUCUCUUCGCUAUAUUAUAUUAUUAUUAUUACUGUUGUUAUUUGCCGACGACGUUACCGCCGACACCACUAAGUACGCGCAGUGCACAGAUUUUGUACGUGAACGCGGAAAUAUUUCUUUCCACGGUGCUUGUUGUGUUGGAGUGAACGCUAAUUAUUGAAAUUUUGUAAUUGUCGAAAAUAGCGAAAAAGAAAGCGAAAAGAAAUUGUGAAAAUUGUUAAUAAAUUUACAAAGUGUGGUAAAUUUAUUGUUGAAAUGAUUUUGUCGAAGCUGUUGUGUUGCGCCGGCAAUUGUGGGCGCUAGUUCAGUGCAAAAGGUGUGCGCGUCGGUGGUAUUGCCGAAGUGGAUUAACGGCAUAAAAAAGCCAACACCGUUUAUGUGAGUGUGUGUGUUUGCUUAGUGCAUUAACGGCAUAGGAAGUAAAACGCUUUGGACAAAUGGUUCCAGCGGCAGUCAGCUGACACAUUUCGUGGCCACUUUGUAGCGUCAUUUCGUUGGCAACUGACACGCGUGUCAAUUUGCAGAAUUUCCAAGUGCGUAAAUUAAUUGCAAUAAAAUUAAUAAUUAAUUAUUAAUAAAGCAAAAAGUCGUAUAAAGCAGUGAGAGCCUGAAAAAAUAUAAGAAAUUUUACUAAAAUGUGAAGAGUUCCAACACAGAAUAUUGUAAAUCAGUAAUUUCGGUACUCAUGUGGUAACAUUAUUGUUGCAACGCAUAAAAAUUGUAAUAAAUAAAGUUUAUGUAGUGAAUUUCAUUGUGCACUGAGUAAUUGUCAAAGAAAGUGCAGUGCAAUGCAGCAACAAACCACCUACAUGAGGUGUAAAGCUGAGGUGAAUAGCAUAACACACAGUUACUGGUAUGCGCGCAUGUUGUAACAUGUUUUAAUCACACAAUUGGAGCAAACAAAACGUGGUUUCAAGGAAAUUUAAGUAAUACAAAUGCGUUUAUUGUAAAAAAUAAUAUACUUUUUGCAAGAAAACUGAAUUUGCAUGAAAUGCAGAUGAGUGUGACGUGUUUGCGUUGUUUGAGCAGCAUAAAAGAGCAUGUAAAUUAAGCAAUUACAUACAACCAUUACAAAAUCUGUAAAAGUCAACGUGAAAAAUUAUAAAAUAAUUUCAAAAUCUAAACUAAAUGCAUUAAAAAUCGCUAGAUUGGAUAGAUAAAAAAUGUGUUUUAGUUAACUAUAAAAGUUAUUUAACUUUAAAAGUCGGCAGCGUUGCUAUUUUUGAGUUCAAAUAUUUUAUUAAAAUAUUCAUAUGUUUUAAACUUGCCAAACAGUACUGCGGCUAUUGGAAUUACAGAAGAAAAUCUUUAUGCAGCGAAAAGUUGACUUAGUGUAAAAAUCCAAUCAAAAAUGCAAAAUAUUUAUAAACAAAUAUAGAAAUUAAAAUCAAAUAAUGUAAACAGCAGUGCGAGAAAGUGAUAAUGUGACAGAUUAUAGAGCCUAGAUGAAAGCCCAUUAUAUGCAUUAAUAGCAAUGUAAACAUAUAUACAUAAAAUAAAAUUUCAAAAGUUUAUACACAAGAAAAAAUUACAGAAAAAUAAUUAAAAGAGCUGUAAAAAUUUUCAAAAGCUUAAAAUGCAAUUUCGGUAAGAUUUAAGAAGUUUGUGGUUUCAAAAUAUUACGCUGAAUGAUGAAAAAAUAAAUAUUUAUCGCACACACACAUACUGAAAGCAGUGAAUUAUUUUAAAAAGUUUCCAAAGUGACAAAAAUUAUAAAACUUAUCAAACUGCUGCAACUUUAGUGAGUAAAAAAGUAAGAAAAGUGUACUUAAAAUUUUAAGGAAAUAGCCAGAAAGUGUAUUUAAAAAUAAUUAAAUUAUAUAACUUCAAACAUUACACCAAAAAAUAUCAAAAAUAAAUAAAAUAAACAAAAAUUAGUUAAUAAAAUAAUAAUUUUCGCUACAAAAGCUUACAUAACACAGCCCCCAACAGCAGCAAAUUUUUGGCAAAUAAGUGUAAUAAUUUCUAUAAUGAAAAAAAUUAUUAAAUAAACCACACACAACAACUUGCAACUAAAUGCGCCGAAGAAAGAAAAUAUUUUUCAAAGCCUUUGUGAAAAUUUUUCAAAAUCUCUGUCAAAAUGGAGAAAACUAAGACUAAGUCUAACAAAGAUAAAGUGAGGAAAUUGGAAACUAGUGACAGAAAUUGUGUUCAAGUGUGAAAUACUGUGAAAAAUAAUGUAUAAAGUACGGGAUUGAAACAGAAAUUACGACGGAAAUUUGAAAAUAUAAAAUACAAUGAGUGAACAAAAAUAUUAAUACAAGCACUUAAAAAAAAAUAAUAAUAAAAUAACGAACUAAAAUUUUGGUUUAUAACAAGUGAAAAAGAAAAUAUUUUUCAAUUAAAAUAAAAGCAAUAGUGGCAAGAAUACAAUUAAAAUAUAACCAACAUAUUGUAUAUGUGUUUAAAGAAAAUAUAUAGUAAAUCGCUAUUCAAACACGGCAACUUUUCAAAAAAUUUUCCAUAUGCAAUAAAAUUCUGAAGUUUAUUCAACCACAUAUACACCAACAAAUGUAAAUACAAUUGUAUUGUUGGGAUUAUCAGUGUAUUUAACGAGCAUAAAUAAGCAUUUAUACAACUUUAUCAACAAGUGAGACAUUUCUUCCGUGAUUGGAUUACUCUUCGAGAAGUGACAGAACUUAUGCUCCUUCAUUAAAAAUAAAAUAUAUAGAAAGUAUAAUAAAAAAUCCCAACAUCGCGUCAAUUGAAAGUGAUUUAUUAGUGUUUAAAUUGUAAAUACAAGUAUAUAGUACAUAUGUACAUACAUAAAAAUAUAUGUAUGCAAAUAUAUAAAUAAGAAAAUUAUAUAAAAAAUAAUAAUUUAAGAAAAAUUUGUAAAUUGCAACGCCACGAUACCCAAUUGUGUUCAAAUCUCGCACUAAAGCAAAAAGUAUUUAUAAUUAAAAGUGUUUCUAAAAAUAUAUAUAAAUAAAUAAGAAAUUAUUAUUAAAAAUAAAUUAUAUUACGAAAAAAUAGUGUUAAAAAGUGUAUACAUUAAAAUUACAACAAAAUUAAUAACGACGUAAAAAUAAAAAUAAGUAAAUGAAAGGAGUUUCAAUACAAAUAUACCAAACAAACCCGAAAGCUGCAUCUUGAAAACGAUAAAAAACGAAGUUAAACGCGAAAAGAAAUUUGCAUAAAAUUCAACGAAAAAUCAAUUAAUUGUUACAUAAAAAAUGUCACUAAUUAACAAAAUCAACGCAUAAAGUGUAUAAAUACAACAACAAGUGCAUAAAAAUUAUAAAAUCAGCAUAUAAAACGCCUGAGUGUUUCGUGCAAAAUUUGUAAGCUGCAAGUGCUUAUAAGCAUAUGUGUGUGUGUGUUUGAGAGCGUUGUUAAGCGCAGUUCUUUGCUAAUAAAAAUAUUUCUUACGAAAUAACGAAAAUUUUAAGUUACUAACAGCAAAGAAUUUCGUUUUAUUCGUCAUUAUUUUUACAACAACAACAAGCAGUGAUAAAAGUGUUUCAACCAAAAAAGUAAAAAUCUCUAUAUAUAAAAUAUAAAAAUAUAUGGCAUUUAAGUGCAUAUGAGUGUGUGUUGUCUCUUUGUUCAAUCAUCACAAUUUCGAUGAGUUGCUCGUAUAAAAAUUGUUAAAAACACAAAGAAAAUUUAAUUCAACGAAAAAUGAUGAAUUCAAUUGAAGAUGCUGUUUGCGGAUGAACAAACGAGUUUUCCAUACAACUUGAAACAAUUGGCAAACACUCACCACCACAACAACAACAGCAAUAACAGCAACUUUGUUGACGACACUUCAACGCCAACAGCUAAUCACUCAACGGCAGCAGUAUUGUAUAGGCGCACAGAAGUGCUAAGAAAAUCGCAGGCGACACAAAUUGACACAACAAAAGCAAAAACAGCAAAGUUUACAAAAAAUGAAGUGAGUGAGUUGUUGUUUGCCAUAAGCGUGAAUGUAAAAAUUGCACACAAAACAAGCAGCAAUACUAGUGAUUGUAGACAAAGACAUUGCAAUACAUAUAAACAGCAAAGCAGUAAUAACAACAAGAACUAUAUACCACAUAACAACAAUAUAAACGACAAGAAAAGCAGUAAAACUGACCAACCCGACCAUUUUAUGGGCUUACGAUCUCUAGUCGCUGCAACGGAAUGUCAACCUGUCACUUCAACAGCUUCAAUAACAACAAUAUUAAGCCUUUUGGGUAAUGACGCGGGCAUUUCUUUUGCAGCGUUGGAUUUUCUUUUUAUAAGGUAAGUCACUGUAUAAUUUUUCUUAAGCGCAAUACAAAUAUCUGUUUGAGUCGUCACUUGUGCUUAGCUUUUUUAAAUUUUAUUGAAAUCUAUGUUGGCAAACCUAAAAAAAAUGUCGUCUGAUUUAGAACAUUCUUAAAAACAUUGAAGCGUCUGUUUGAGUCAUCAAUUAUGCUUCUACUUGAAUUGCUCUUGAUUGCUUUGCAAAUAUUUUCGCCAUAUGCAGUUUUAUUUAAACCCUUCUAUUCGGUUGACAUUUUCUUAAAUUAUGUUGGUAAUCUAGUUUUCUUAAAAUUGUUUUUGUCUUUUUACUCUAUACUGUUGUCAACUCUGUUCAAUGCUAUCUGUAAGAUUUUUGUUAAAAUUUUCGUUUCCAUUAAACUAAAUAAUUGUUUAUAAAUUAUAUGUACUUAAUUUCCCACCAAUGGCAACCCUAACUUAACAAAUUUCGAUUAAAUUUAAACAAAAAUGAUUUCAAACUAUUAGGUCUACAACUAACCGUAUCCGAAAGCAUUCGAUGAGCUUCAGCCGCAUUUUUCUUGGAAUUAAGAAAGAAAAGCAAAAUUUCCCGCAAAUGUCGAGAAUUCGGCUCAAAAAGUGGCAUUUUCAGUUGAAAAUAAGUUUGGGCUGCAAACAGAUCUCUACAAAUCUUUUGUUGGGUUAAUGUUGACACAAAUGUCCGAGAUCGAUAUAAAAAAAAAAUUAUAAAAUCGAUCAGUGCUUCACCCUAGAGACGGCGGAAGCAAAGUUGUAGACCUAGACUUUAAAUCGGGGUAAAUCAUAUUUAUACUGCAAAUCUUUCCUUUGAUCAUUUUCACUUAGAUUUUUAAAUGUUUAAACUGUUAAAUAAACUCGAAAUUAUAAAAUGAAGUGUAUUUUCGACCACAUGCUUGUAGUAAAAAAUAUAGUUUAAUAUUUAAAAUAUUUUAAAGCAAUUAAAAAAUUUAAUAAUCUGGCAACACUGUUUUUUGGUUUGUAAUUUAUUUAUUAUAUAUUAUAAUAUAAAAAAAUAUAUAUUCUAUUUUUUCAAAAAAUGUGCUCCACAUUCAUUUUCAUUUAUCAAGUUUAAAUGCUUGAUACCCCCAAUUGUUCAGACUUCUAUUUUGCUUUCCUAAGCAAUUUUAUUAUUUUUUUACUAGAGUUCUUUCGUAAAAAUAUGUGUUAAUAGUUGACUUGACAAUCCAACUGUUAAGUAUAUGUGUGAAAGCGAUAGAUAGAGUAUUGCAAUCUACUAUAGAUAUUAUAUUUCCCUCAGCGACUGCUUGUAAUUCUCAACCAGUUUAAAAAAAAACUUUAUGGAUUUUAGUUCACUAUACUUCUCUCCAUACUUAAUUAUUUACAUAUAUACGAUUAAUUCUAUAAAAUAAAAUAUCUAAAUAUUCCAUGUGGGUGUCUGUCUCACUAGUAAGGUGUAACCACUGUCAGACUUCAUAAAUAAAUAAACAAAUAAAUACCUUUCACAAUACUCACUGUCUACAAUCUACAACUAUUACAGUUGCGUAAGCGGAAGCAUUUGUUUUUGCUAAAUACUUGUUUUUGUUGUUGUUUUAAUUGUUUAUGUUGUUGCAAUUUUAUGCAUUUGUGGACGCCAUACGGCGACUAACGAAAUUUGCAUUUCAGCGGUGAAGAGUGAAAAAAAAUUAUGGAUUAUGUGAAACAUAAAAUCUCGAGGUUUACAAUCGCUUCGAGUAAGAAGCAUAUGGGGUAAUAAAAAAUGCAGUUUGAAAAUAUAAACGCUAAUAAUAAUACUUGGAGGUGAUGCAUAUAGGAGAUACUUAUGUGUGAGAUUUAAUCAACUACAUAUGUACAUAUACUUGAGUACAUUUUACAUAUAUUAUAUUAUAUACAUUUUAUAUAUGUAGGUACAAAAAACAUGUACAUAUAUAAAUACAUCUAUAUACUUUUAUGUAUGUAUGUAUAUAUAUUUAUUUAUAUAAGUACAAAUCUAGCUAAUCAGUUCUGUCUCAAUUCUGAAGAAAAUUGCUUCAAUCGCAAUGUAAACAUGGAAUAAUAACUCAUAUGUGAGUGUGUAUGUGCAUUAUAAAUAUCCAAUAACGGUGUAAUACAACAUUGUCGUUUAAAGUUAAUUGUUAUUAGAUUGUUUUGCGAUUGCUUUCGCUCAAUUACAUGAGUUUCAUCGACUUAGGGAGGUGCCUUGAAUGACAUGAACAUAUGUGCAAAAACAGUUCUUUAUGAGAUGUAUUAAUGGAUAUGUAUUAGUAUGUCUGGUGCGUAUAGACUAUUUGAGAACAACUUACUAAUAAAAGUAGAAAAAAAUAUUAUCAGAUUAUUUAAAAAUAAAAUAAAUAAAUAAAGAAAAAUAUAUUUAGUUAUUAAAAAAAGUAAAAAAAAAAAUCUGAAAAUAUAAGCUGCAUAUUUUGAAAAAGAAUAAAAAAUCAUAUUAAAAAAUAAAUUUAAAAAAGAUUGUCUCUAGAUUUUAAUAUCAAAAUAUCGAAAGAACGUAACGGAAAAAAAAAAACUUGAAAUUUUUUGGAAUUGAAAAAAUUAAAAAAAAAAAGAUAAUUAGUUAUGAAUAAAAAUUCUAAAAUAAAAACUAUUUUCGAAAAAAAAAAAUUUAAAUAUUGUUUAAGUUAUUUAAACAUUAUUAAAAAAAAUUAAUAUUAAAAACUAAAUUUAAAAAAUCGUGCAUUUCUAGAUUUUAAUAACAAAAUAUUUUCGAAACAGAUUCCAAAAAUAUCAAAUGUUGGAUUAAAAAAAUUCUUGACAUUAAAAAUAAAUUUAAAAACAAGUAAGGAAAGGCUAAGUUCUGGUGCAACCGAACAUUUUAUACUCUCGCAAUUUAAUGAUGCAAUUUUAUAAAGAUAACACAAUUCGACCCAUUUAUUCGGCAUAAAGUCCAAUGGAAUAACGAAAAACAUCAUAAAUAGUAUAUGGGGACUGAGGUAAUUCCUGAUUUCACUCGUUUUCACCACCAACAUACACCGUAUCGGAGACUACAAGCUAACUUAAUUUGGCUAAGAUAUUUCACAUAUUAACUGUUCAUCAUAUUUUUAAAAAUCCUAUAAUUAGGUAUAUAUAAUUAGGUAUAAACCAGUUUUGGUACAGAGACAAACUGUUAUAAGAAAAAAAUUCCCUCUGAAUUACAUUAAAAUAUUUGAGAGAUUUGCCUAUAUAUUCGGUGAAAAAUUACCCUUAGGCACUCAGUGCUUCAUGUUCGAUAUCAGGAUCCUUGAAAAGUCAUUGUCCGAUUUUGACAAUUUUUCCACAAGUGAUGUCACGGCUCAAAUAUUUUUGUAAAGUUUUAUUCCGCUAUCUUCAUUGGUUCCUAAUGUAUAUAUUAUAAAGUAAACGAAUCAGAUGGAAUUCAAAAUUGAGUUAUAUGGAAAGUAGGCGUGGUUGUGAAUCUAUUUCGCCCAUUCCAUCCGUGUCAUCAGGGUGUCAAGAAAGUGUUAUAUACCCAAUUUCAUUGAAAUCGGUCAAGUAGUUCCUGAGGUAUGGUUUUUGAACCAUAAGUGGGCGACGCCAAGCCCAUUUCCCAUUUUGUAAAAAAAUCUGAGUGCAGCUUCUAUCUGCCAUUGCUUAUGUGAAAUUUAGUGUUUCUGACGUUUUUCCUUAGCGAGUUAACCCACUUUUAGUAAUUUUCAACCUAACCUUUGUAUGGGAGGUGGGCGUGGUUAUUUUCCGAUUUUUUAAUUUUUGGACUGUAUAAGGAAAUGGCUAAAAGAAACGACUGCAGACAGUUUGGUUCAUACAGUUUUUUGGUUUGAAAGAUAUAUAAAAAAAACUAUUUGGGAGCGGAGUCACGCCCACUUAAAAAAAAAUUACAUCCAAAUGUGCCCCUCCCUAAUGCGAUUCUCUGUACCAAAUUUUAUUUUCAUAACGUUAUUUAUAGCUUAGUUAUGAUACUGUAUAGGGUUUCGCCAUUUUGUGGGCGUGGCAAUGGUCCGAUUCCAACCUUCUCAGGGUGGCAAGGAAUAUGUGUUCCAAGUUUCAUUAAGAUAUAACCCCAUAUCUAACUCUUAUUUCUUGGUGACACAAACAACCGUUAUAUGAACAAAACUAUAAUACUCUAUUUAGCAACUUUGAUGCGAGAGUAUAAUUAUACAACGUUACAAUCGAAAAAUCUACCAAACUACCAACUUCAAAAAACAGUUUACGUUUUUUUUUUUUUUUAAUUUUUAAAAUUAUUAUCUUAUUUUCAAUCGUCUAUCAAAAUUUUGUGGCGACCCUUCCAUUAAAGAUCCCAUGGUAUUUUCGCUUUCAUCAGCAUCACGCAAAUUAAUUGAAUUUGAAAUUGAAAAUAAACAGAAUUACAGAAAUAAUAGAGGAAGGAAAAAAUUUCCACAAUUUUUUUUUUUAAUUCAUUAUUGAAAUUCGAAAAAUUUUCUAAACUGGAAAAUCAAAAUCAGAUAUUCAAAAUAAAAUUUCCCAUUAUUCUACUUUUUUCUGGCAUCCCUUUCGAUCAAGUCGUCUUCCUCCUCCAAAAAUUUGUAUCUAGGCUGUAGUAUAAACAUGAAAAAUAGAACCGAAAAUCUAACCAGCUGUAAAUAUUUAUUAAACCAAUAGUCCAAAUCAAUUCAGGCAAUAAAAUUUUAGGUGAUCCACAUAAUUUAAAUUGAGUUUGUCAAAUUCACUGACGAGCAUUAAAAAUUAUACAAGUUAAAACAAGCUGCCUUUUUAAUUUUAAACAAUAAUGAUUUACAAGUACAAAUCUAAAUAUGAGCUGGUGAUAUUGGAAAUGUAAUUAUACGAGUAUUGCGAGUAGGCGUACGUAUUGUGCGAUUCUUACUUCAUUGAACUUGGUUGAGAUCAAGAUGUUUCAGAGAUUUCAUAUUUUACCGUCAUCCUGAUUUUGUAAAUGGUUUCUCUGAAACUGCCACUGAAAAAAAUAUAUUUUCAAAGUCCAGAAUGCCUAUCAUGGCCUUUAGAAUAUUCUUUAAGGACGUAUUAUUCAGCAAGACAUUCACCUUACUUUCUUAAUCAGCAGCAGAUAUGUCAAUAUUGCCUCUGGUAUCAUCAAUUUUGCACUUGACUUCUACAUCACCAUGACUUUUUCGACCAACUUUUGUUGUACGAUUGGUUUUAUUUUUCGAUAUCUCCUCUCCCCGCCAACCACACUUUUCUUACGCAUUUAAAUUAUUCUGCAUUGCUGCUGUGUAAAUAAUUCGAUUAUCUGUUUCGCUCUUAUUGCACUUAGUACAUAUUUCGAUUUGCAACGUUCUGCUCGUACGCAUUUUCGAGCUCCUCCAUUUCUGGGUCAAACUCAUACAAUGGUCGUUGUACUCGACGGUGUCGUCUACGGUGCGCUUGCCGCCACUACACAUCACAUCACCCGCUCCCCCAGAGCAACGUAAACGGUUGCAAGUGAGCAGUAGCAAGUUCCUGCAUUGCCUUGUUGUUGGCACCCCCAACAAUUGCUGCUAACCGCUCUCCCAACAACCAACUAAAGUGAAUCGCCAGCAAUGCUGAUAACAAUAGCACUGCAGCCGAACACCUCCUCCUAGCUUCUCUCUAUGCUAUUAACUUGCUCUCAAUAAAUACUCGUGGCUCCCACUCACUCACUCAUUUAUUGAUUGCCUGUGGUCUCUCACGCUCUUUAGCUGUUCUUUUUAUUAAUAGCGUUAAUGUCGCUUUUGCAUUACGUUAUCGUUGAAAAUAAAAGUGCAUUUGUUGCGCCCCCAUUUUCAAGCGCCUGCCCCUGUCCAACCUCUUUGGCGCUUGAGCGCUUUAGCUAGCAAAAACAAUGCAAUCGUCACUAUCUUCGUGCGCACGUAUUAGUCGUGAUGUCGAGUAUUCGUACGACGGCUGUUCGGUGUGUCUUACAGUGGGUAGGUUUCGGUAAAAAGUGGCACAAAAAUUUUAUAGAAAAAAUUUGAAAUGGGAAAAAUAAAUUAUAAACGAAAUUCAAAGAAUCAUAUUUGCAUUUAUGAUUUUGAAUAGAGUGGACAAUGGGUUGGUUUCAUCAAAAAGUGGCACACAUUUUUUGGAAAACAGUCGAAAAUCGCAAAUUAUUAUGAAAUUACAAUUUUUAUUAUUCAUUGAAAAUUUAAAAUUUAAAUAUGAAUAAAUAUCAGAAUAUAAAGAAUAAAUAUUCGUUUAAAAGAAUUUAUGAUUUCAAUUAAAAUGGGCUGUUUCCAACAAAAUGUGGCAAACAGUUUUGGUUUUUUUUAUGAAAAUCUUAGAAUACGGAUAUUAUAAUAAAAAUGUAAUUUUUUAUAAUUUUCGGUAAAGUAAACAGUGGAUUAGUUUGGGCAAAAAUUACACAUCAAUAUAAAUCAAAAUAAAUAUCAAAAAUUUGAAC